AUGCGCUUCACUAGCAUCACCUUUGGCCUCGUUGCCUUCCUUACAGCCUCUGCAGUCGCCGCACCUACCCCCAACACCAAUGACGUCGCUAAGCGCAUGCCAACACCCGAACAGUUCGAGGCUCUCGCCCCAGAGGAGAAGCGCGAAGCAUACAAGGCAAUUUACCGAGCGACAAACAUCAUCGGAAAGGUCAGCGAGAAUGAGUGGAUGACCAGGUCACUAUUGAAGCGGAGCUUGGAAGGUGUAGCCUACGGUGGAGAUACUCUUAAUGAUCUACUUAUAAUGAAUUCACGUCGUCCUCAACACACUCUUGAAGAUUUGGGUACUCGUAUUUGA